AAUAAAAGAAGAAAUCCACAACCUCACGCCUUACCUUGUUUUACAAAGGCCACAAGUUCUCGAGCCUUUUUUCACACUCAUCUUCCUCUUCGGAAUGGCUCAGCAGAAGGUGGUGUUGAAGGUCCUUACUAUGAUAGAUGACAAAACAAAGAAGAAAGCAAUAGAAGCAGCUGCAGAUAUCUUUGGGGUUGAUUCGAUUGCUGCAGAUGUGAAGGAACAGAAGUUAACAGUGAUUGGUCAAAUGGAUCCAGUGGCAGUAGUGAAGAAGCUGAAGAAAGUAGGUAAGGUAGAUAUAAUAUCAGUUGGACCUGCCAAGGAAGAGAAGAAAGAGGAAAAGAAAGAUGAAAAGAAGGAAGAGAAAAAGGAAGAGAAAAAAUAAAAGACAAUAAUACAUAUCAUUGGAUUUUUCAUAUUUUCCUAUAUAGAGAGAAGUCAUGCUAAGCUGCAAAAUUGUUCAUAUAGUUCAUGUCAUGAAUAACGAAAAUUUUUCAUUGUGCAAAUAACUUUUUUAAGUUUGAUGAUA